GCAAGCACGCAUGGGUGCGGUACUGCGGUGAAUUAUAACCUUUCCUAUAAAUAAGUAGAUUCAUUGUUUUAUUUGUAUAAAAAAAGUAUAAUUUAAAGUACCCUAAGGGUAAUUAACUACUACCCUCUCGCAAAAAAAUAUCAAUCGAAAUGUCAGACAAGCAACAAUUUGACGUGAAUCUCGGUGGUACUGAAAAGUUGCCGAAAGAAGCACACAUUAUGAAACUCGCCACUGCAAGAGCCAGUGAAAUGGCAGCAAUGACUUUCUCUUUGAAAAAUCCACAGCAGACAAAGAUGAUAUUUCAAAAGCUGCCUAUCCACAUGCGUCGUCGCGUCAUGUCCCACAAUGCCAAACGAAUGCCUAGAAAAUUGAGAAACUAUCACCUGAGUCAGAUGUCAAAGUCUGGCCUGCCACCCAAGACCAAAAGACCAUCCAGAAAAUAUCGCAGACGACCCAAAAAUUUGCUUUCCGAGUACAACCGGAGACAAAGAAACAAGCUCUGGCUUGAAACUCACAUCUGGCAUGCCAAGCGUUUCAAGAUGAUUGAAAAGUGGGGCUUCAAGCUGCCUAAUCAUUCGAAUGACAGAUGUUUUAGAGCAAAUUACAGAGCCGUCGCUAAACACUGUUUGAUCCAAGAUUUAUCCUACUAUACAUGCCUCGAGAUCAGAGGUCCUGUUGACAUUUUGAAGGAAAAAUUGAAGAGGCAUUGCAAUCAGAAUGAGCUGACGUUUGGGGCCAAAAUUUAUAUCAAUGGAGAAAGGGAGGGAACCCUAAUGUUUUAUAAAAAAGAUGGUUACCCCUGUAGUCCUAUUGGGUAUGUACAUUUUCUGUGGAGUCCCAAUGGUUUCAGUAAUAAAUUUAUUUGGCUUUGGGUGCAUCCAGCAUUUUACAGUGAAGUCUUGCAAGAGAUAAUCAAUCAUUUUAGCUUUGAAUUGGAGAAAAACAAAAAAAGUUCUGAUUUGGAGGGUGAUAGUAGUCAAGAGAAGAAAAAUUGUAGUUCAGAAUCCACAUCUCCAGAUUUAAAAAUAUUUUCUACUAUCAAAAUUCCAACUUAUAAUAGUGCAUGUGGGUGUCAAAUGUUGAUAUUGAGAAACUGCUUGAAUAGAUUUCGUCUCUGUGGGCCUUUGGCUUUGAGUAUCUUGACAGAUGCAUUUGAAUUACCAGAUAUCAAAAAGAAUUCAUUGAACGAAAAUAAAAUAUUUGUAGAUGAAGACGAGAAUUUCGAAGAGUGCCAUUACCCUGAAGAUGCUUGUGCUAUGGAUGUCGAUACUCAUCCAAAUUCCAAACAAUCAAUUGAUUUUUGGUACAGGACGUACUACCAAUCUCGGGAUAAUUUAGAAGCAUUUAAAGUUCAGAAAGAUGUAUAUAAUACAUUGAGAAACUUGAAAUCUUCCAAUCAACUACCUCCAAAUAUAGUUGUUGCUUUGACAGUUUUAGAUCCUAGAUUUUUUCUCCCUCUCAAGAGAACUAAAUCAUUACCAAGUUCACAACCUGCAGAUAAAAGUCCAAUGCCUCCAACAUUAGCCAAUAAUAGUCCACUUUGGGAUUCCAACAUAAGAUCUUACGUCACAAAGAAUUGCAUAUCAACAUCAGCAAUUAAUAAACUAAGGAGUCAGAGCUUGGUCCCUGGAGUUGAGAACGAUCAGCAUUUCAGUGAAAAUGUCAUGCAUAAAAUACCAAUACUUCUUAUUCAAAAACCAGGCGAUUAUUCACACAACAAUAGCAUUGGCUUUGGUUCUGGUGUUGAUGUUGUUUUACCUGCAGGGUGGUCUAUGCCAUUUUGGCUGUCUCUUAUCUUGAGGUGUGCCAAGGCUGGUGGAUUGAGAGAAUCCAAAGCUAUAGCCUAUGAAAACUCAAAUCUCAAUGUACCAGCUAUCAAUCAUCCAGAUACAGAUGCUUACCAGAUGGAAGCCAAAUUAGAAAAAAUGAAAUUAAUUGAAAAGUAUUUUAGACUUCCUCCCAAUAAACGUGUUAACUUUAUUAAAUUUGGCAUAACUAGUCCAUAUUUUUGUGAAUGGAAAUUACUGAUGAAAGAAUGGAAUGAUUCACCUGACUUUUACAUUUUAAGAAAUCAGCAAGUUCUUUCGCUUCUUAAUGCCAAGAUGAGUUCAGAUUUGGAGAGAAAAAGAAAAAUUGCCAAAAGGGAAGUAGAUGAAAGUAAGUUGUUAACAGAUGUAGAUCAUUUUCUGGGGAAUAAAAACUGUUUUGUGCCCGUAAAAGUAUCAGUUGAAAGGAAGGGUACACCUAAAAAUUUUUCAAUAAUUUGUAUUCCAACACAAGAAGAUUUAACUAAAUUCAAAGAAAACAAAAAGUGGUCAGGACCGUUGGAGUCUCUAAAAAAAGACCUCAAUGAGGAAAAAAGAAGAAAUUCGAGAAAAGAUCAUCAAGCACUUUUACGAAGACUAAGAAGACAAAGAGUUCGUGCUAAAAAGAAAAUGGCAUUUGCAAGUGCUAAUAUACCAGUGAAACAUAGUAAAGAAGUAGCUCAUUUGAAUAAAAUUCGUAAACUGGUAAAGAAAACGUUAGUAAACAAUAACAGAACUAUUAUUGACAAACAAGCACAAACAAUGGCAGACUUGUACUUGCCAAAGUGCACCAGUGUAAGACAUUCUUGUGAUAGGGAAGUAAUUGGGUACAUUACCCAAGGUGGAUUCUCAUUUUCUGAAGCCAAGGGAGUAGGUUUAGGGUAUGUUAUUCUUUCUUCUGUACUGAGCAUGAUAAAAGAAAAAUCAAAUAUUAUCCUUAUUAGGAAUACCAGCACAAGGAAGUACAGAGUUUGCAAAUUAGAAAUACUGAAUUAA